CCUUCAAAGCUCGGUGACUGUCUGUGCAAGGACCUUACGGCCCUUAGCCUAGGUGUGCGGCCUGUGUGCAAGUACUUGUGUAGUCUCACGCUGCUUUGUUGUUUACACCUAGGCUACAGUAGUACCUGGUUACGUCGUUGUUCUUACUAAAUACUAAUCAAUCUUACGGACGAAUCACGAUCAUCCUGGCCAGCACUGCACUGUUCGGGCGAGAACAGGAAUCCGUUGAGUUGAAUGACGCCCAAUGCAAGCUGCAGCACAUCGUUGUGCAAUUCGGAUGCAUUUUUCUCUCGCUACGUCGUCAGGAUUUUGCCUUGAACGGUGGGAGGUUACAGAGCACACUCUCCUGUCUGCAGUAACUGUCAUUGCUAGUGUGGGUGAUAACUUCCUUUGCCAUGGACAGGGCACACAAAGACAUUCUCCGAACACAAUCACUGGAGAUCCGCCGUAGCUUGACAGUCGACGAUGAUGUCCUGCUGGAAUUGAGAUCCCGGCGCAUCCUCAGCAACACGGACAUCAUCCGGAUACAGCUGAACAUCACCUACCGUAGGAAUGAAAUGGAUACAGAAACUAGAACUCAAACGGAGCAGGCUGACAUUCUCCUCGACAUAUUGCCAUCACGGGGCAGCACGGCAUUCAGCUCAUUUCAUGAUGCACUGCGUGACUCGACACUGACAAGCAACAACGACCUGGCUAGCAUGCUGCGGCAAGAAGAGCGGGAAAAGCGGGUGGGAAGGCACCUAACCUGCUUCCCGUUGGCUGACUCUCUGCCCGGUACAACUAGCAAUCCACAUUCCUCCAAGCCUUCGAGGCGUAUCAUUUUCGAUAUAUAUACAUCAGGCUAUGCGGAAACCACCAUGGUGGAUACAGCUUUGGACUGGGCAUUUGGUGCACAGCAAGCUACAGCAGACGGAGACAGUGUCGGAUAUCUUGGUGCUGGUGCUGAAAAUCUCUCUGAAGGUACAGCAGUUCGUCGCCGCAAUCAAGCAGGACAUGUGACAGAAGAUGUUCACAUUGUGCUCCCUGGCCGUCCGCAACCUGACAUCCUUGGAAAUAGAAUUCGAUUUGCCGUCGCUCUUGUUUGUUUUGCGGCUGUGUUCGAUCUUCUUUAUUACUAUGUACUUUGAAGUAUUGGGAUGGCUUUCACUGGUCCAGUUUGUUUCUUAGAAGGCCGAAGCCACAGGUGUGCCUGUCUCAAGAACAUCCAGACUACUGGUAGACAAGCAUGGACUCCUUGGCUGCUUGACAAUACAACCCAGGGCCAGGGCUCCGUUGGACAAGCAUCCCAUGUCUGUCCAUGACAAGCAGCAGUUUGGUACAUGUUCUUGAUCCCAACCCUACGUAAUAUGCAGAUACCUUCCCAGCUCAAGUUUAUCUAGCCAUCUUUUGCAAAGGCAAUGCGAUCCCGUUCCUUCCUGUUGCCCAGGGCCUCCCACCUUGGAGCACAAUGCACCGACUCGAAGUAAGUUGCUAGAAACCUAAAAAUAGUUUUCUCCAAAUGUGAAUACGCUGUACAUUCCCAGAUUUCUGCACCUCUUCCUAAGAGUAGAAUCGUGCCUGGAUACGGCAGUGGUGUGGAAAGGGGACAUGCCUACUCCGGCGCUGCGUCAAUACCUGCACUGUGGCUGUGUCUAGGGGUCAGCGGGUAAUGCCGGCUAUAUAUUUAGCAUUUAUAUGGGAUUUUAAAUUUCGAGACAUUACAGGGCAUUAUCCCUGCGUGACUGUAUUGCUCCUACAUAACGGCACCAGGAUACGUUUACAAUAAUUAUUAUUUUUAUUACGAUUCCGCGUAUCUUUUGAAUGUCAUGUUCCAUAAUCAUGUUUGAUGUGUCUUACUAACUAUCCCAGAGCAUUCAUGAUGUGAGCAUUAUAUGCUUCUUUUUAGGGCAUUACAAAAGCCGCUUCAAAGCUAUCGUGAAAAGUUGAGCAUUACCCGCUGAGGCGGCGCUGACCCCUACAAGCUGUGUCUCCGGCUACUAGUACUAGUACCUGUGUGGUCAUUGGUUAAAGACUCUGACUGCAUGGCAUUGUCAGGUGACCCUCGGCAUCGUAACACUUUGCCCUUUACUGUGCUUGGCUUCAGCAGUAUUCAAUGUCUGAGAUAUCCGAAAGAUUUCCUCAGCCUUUA